UUGAUAUGACCGCCCCGAAAGUCUGCGUGUGAUGCAACCGGAUGCUCCUCCACCGAGGGGCUGCGGAUGGAGUGAGGGGGUGCCCUCAGUGGGCCAUGUAUCGCCGUUUGCAGCCAUGAUGCCCGUGGCCACCGUGAUGCCCGAUGACACGCCCAUGUUUGACCCCAGCAUCCUGCAGGAACUCGACUGGAGCGAGAACACCACGACCUUUUCUCCUGCUAUUUCUCCCCUGGAUCCAGGGGAUGGGCUGGUUCUGAGACCACUUUGCACAGCUGAUUUAAAUCGAGGCUUUUUCAAGGUUCUGGGUCAGCUGACGGAAACCGGAGUUGUGAGCCCGGAGCAGUUCAUCAAAACCUUUGAGCACAUGAAGAGAUCUGGAGAUUACUACGUUACCGUGGUGGAGGACACAAACCUGGGGCAGAUCGUUGCUACGGCAACGCUGGUUAUAGAACAUAAAUUCACUCACUCCUGUGCCAAGAGAGGCAGGAUAGAAGAUGUGGUGGUCAGCGGGGAGUGCAGAGGGAAGCAGCUUGGAAAACUAUUAACGUCCACCCUCACCCUGCUAAGUAAGAGACUGAACUGUUACAAAAUCACGCUUGAGUGUCUGCCCAAAAAUGUGGAUUUCUACAAGAAGUUUGGCUAUUUGGUAUCUGAAGAAAACUACAUGUUUCAACGGUUCUUUAAUUAACAAUUUCUAGGUGUUUUGGGUUCUUUUUUUUUCUUGGAAAGACUGUUGGUGGAGUGCUACAAACAUUCUCUCCGUGGAAAAUUUCUAUAGUUUAUUGCUGCAAAUGUAACAAUCCCUAUAAAUAAUGAACAUCAAAUGUGUAAAUCAUGGGGGAAAAAAAAUUACUGAGGUUUUAGAAAGGGUCCUCUGGGUUAGAAAAUAAGUUUAGAACUAAUUUUUACUACUGUGGAGUCGAGGUGAAGCUUUUCUGUUCUAGCUGAAUUACAGAAGGACUCGUUAAAGGGAUGGUUUUUAACCAAAGGUAUAUAUUUUUAUCUCAAAUUUUUUCUUGCAUUGUAUUUUUCUAAAGGUUUGUGCUUCUUUUCUCAGUAGCCAAAGGACAGCCCCUGGGACUGUCCUGGCUGUGCUGAUGGAAGGAUGACGUAGCUGGGGAAGGGAUGAGGCUUCUCUUAUGCAGAAUUAGUGACACAGAACAGGCCUUAGUUCUGGUUUUUUCCAUGACAUCUCAUGGAAGUGCUGGUGGUGCAUCAGAAGUUUUAUAGGCACUGUUUUCCAAGACUGGAUCUGUUACUGUUGGUACAGGUUAGGGAGAAUCCUUAAAGGCUGUGCUGAAUUCCCAGUCUAAAAAUGGAUGUGUGCUUCUCACUGCAGGGCUCCUGCACUUUAGCUGAUAACUUGGUUUUCAGGAUAAUUACUUUUUUCUGACAUAAAAACCCUAGACAUGGUUUGCAGCAGGGCAGAGGGUAACUGGGAAACUGGAAUGUCUGAAGGAAUGUGUCCCAGAUGGAGUGGGAUUCUGGCUGUCAGUGGGAAGGGGAUUGGGAUGAGCAGAUUCAGCUUCACCUAAGGGAGCUGGGGGUGUUCAGCCCAGAAAAGCCUUAGAGCCACUUCCAGGGCCUAAAAAGGAGAGGGCAGGACACAGGGAAUGGCUUCCCACUGCCUGAGGGUAGGGAGAGAUGGGAUAGUGGGAAGGAAUUGCUGAUGUGAGGGAUGUGAGGCCCUGGCACAGGGUGCCCAGAGAAGCUGUGGCUGCCCCUGGAUCCCUGGAAGUGCCCAAGGUCAGGCUGGGUGGGGUGUGGAGCAGCCUGGGAUAGUGGAAGAUGUCCCUGUUGGAAUGAGAUGAGUUUAAGGUCCCUUCCAAGCCAAACCAUUCUGGGAUUUACUGAACACCCCUGGCACAGCAAAGCAGGAGAGAAAUGCCCCCCUUCUGCUCCUGAGGGAUUGCUGCUGCAGAGCUUCCCUCUUGCUGCAAGAUUGGAUCAAUGAUUUUAGCACUUUUGCCAGGGGUGAAAAGCAAAUAACGUCCAAAGCCCCGGUGCCAACAGUGGUGUUUUGUGUGGGGAGUGACAAAUCCCACAGCCAUGAAUAGGGCAUUAUACCCAGGCUGGGCUGUUUGUGGGCAGCCAGGCCCUCCACACUGUCCUGCUUUGUGCUCUGGAGAGCGACUCUACAGUGCUGGGGGCUCUGCUUGAUCUUCCUGAGGGUUCUCCACUCCAUCCACUGUCUCCUUGGUGAUGUCUGCUUUAUUUAUUGAUUAUUUUUUUAAAGAAUAGCUUUGUUUAAGCUGAAUAAAUGAUUGCUACCUG